AUGUGGCUGAAGAUUCAAGCGGUGCUACAACAAUGCCUAUAUGAUAGGAUGACUGAUAAGGCGCUACUGGAGUGCUUCUAUCGGGAUGUUGGACCUGAAAAUAGAAAUAUAGCCUACAAACUCUAUGUAGGCGAUUUGUUUACUAGAGGAAUUGAUAUUGAAGCAGUUAACGUUGUUAUCAAUUCUGAUUUUCCUAAGAACUCGGAAACGUAUUUGCACAGGGUUGGACGAUCAGGGAGAUUUGUGAAGCUUGGUUUAGCUGUUAGCCUUGUUACUUUUGAGGAUCACUUCACUUUGUAUGCUGAACUUCAGAAUCGCCAAAAUUCUGGGGAAACUGCAGAUGAUGCUUUUACGGCAGUGUUUGGUAAGGAGCAGCCUGGUCGACUUAGGUGCUAUGGUAGAUCAGUGACAGCAAGUUCUUUAAAGAAAGAUGAGGAAGAUAGCAAGCUAAAACAAAAACAUGCUAAUGAAAUCACUUCUCUGAAAGAUCAAAUGAAUGAAAUGAGAGAAGAAAUAAGAGAAGAAAUGAGAGAAGAAAUGCGACAUUUUUUUAGUCAAUUGCUUCAAAAUAGCCCUGUAUUGAAUGUUCGAGGUAUGCAAGGGGGUGUUGUAUCUAACAUUGCUUCACCUAUUGAUGCGUGUAGUGCACAAGCUGUAAAAGGCAAAAAUCCUCUACAAUCUUACGGGUCAACUCAUGAUCCGAUUCUUCAAAAGGAUGUGACUACGAAAAGGGAAUAUGCAAGGAGAGUGGAGGAAGACUUGGCUAGUACGGGGGUUCCUCCUCAAGAGAACCAAGCCCCUCCACAAGGCAAUCAAGUUCCUCCACAAAACCAAGCUCUGGUCAUUCCUCCACCUUUGACAGAUGGAGAGAAAAUGUCGACUUUUCUAUGCUUGGAUCAAGUUAUAACAAACAAAGACCAAGUGGUAGCUACUCAAGCUCAUGGAGGUUGGACCACGUGUUCAACAAAAUCCUAG